CAGACACGCUGCUGGCUGCGCGCUUUGCUCAGACGCGGCCUGGAUGAACGCGGGACGGCAGAGGGACGCGCGAGAGCUUGGCCGGGCCACGUAGCUCGGCAGAAGAAGACACCGGUGCGCAGGUAUCUUUCACGCCCGGCAGGCACAUCAGCAUUUGGAUUGGACCCCCCCUACAUUUUGCACAAAAAGGCUCGUUUGGCUUUUUCUAAAUGCACAUCCGCGAAUGUAGAGCGAGUAAGAGAAGUGCGCCUGCAACCCCUGAAUCUGUGCAACUCUGAUUGCAACAACGCAAGAGGAUCGAGAGGGAGAGGGAGAGGGAGGUCGCUCUCCGGAGGUAAUCCACUGUAAAUGGCUCGUCCAGCGAUACACAGAAGUCCUUCUCACCGCAGUUCCAUGUCUGGCACUCAGCUCGUCUUUACCUGAUCUGCAAUCUGAAGACACCUGCGCUCUGCAGGGCAGCACUUCUCAGACAAAGUGAAUCUGGCAGCUGCCUAAGUCUCACAUACUCACACCAGAGGAGUUUAUCUUCAAAUGUUGAGCAUCAAAGACACUUGAGCCCUGGAUUUUGCAGUCUAAUAUCUGAGCAUAUGGAAAAAAGCCUGCAGCAGAUUGUAUGUCUUUCCAACUGCUUCUCCUGCCGUGGACAGCAUGGAUGCCCUCUUUGAAUCAGGUUGAGUAUCUGUCACCUCAUCCCCUCCUUCCUGUCUCUUCCUUAGGAGGAGGGUGGGGGAUUGGUGUGGCGUCCCCUGCCCUUCCUUACAGAGUCGGCUAGUUUAUACCCAGGCCCCUCAGCAGUGAGUCUUUUCUGAUUGCCUUUCGUUUCAUGAAAUCCUGCAAAAGCCUCAAAGAAGAGGUUUCCAUCCCAAGCCUUGGCGGGAUGUCACAGGAGGACGGACGCAGGGUGCAGGUGUCGCAGUCUUAUUUUCACCCUUCAAACCCAGACCUGGACCUGACCAGCAAGCUUUAUAAGAGGGAGGUAGGGGGGAAGCCUUAUUCUGUGUUGGUGGACAAUAAGAUGGCAGCCAAGACAUCCGGAGAUCAGAACAUUGGUCAGCUGCCCUCUCAACAUGUGACUGCACAGCAGCAUCAGCAGUAUUUCAGAGAGGGAGGAGCGGGGCAGGACAUGGGGACGCAAGGGUCCCUGGUGGGAAAUGACGGCACCUCUGACGACACGGAAGAUGAUGAGGACGACGAGGAAGAGGAGGGAGAGGAUGAGAACAAGGAUGGGGAGGAAGAGGACUUCAAGCGUGAGCAGAUCAUUGUUGAGGUCAACCUAAACAACCAGACGCUUCAUGUGUCCAAGGGGGACAACAAAACUGGAACUGCUGCAGAUGACUCAGACAGAGAUGUCAGCGAUGAGGAGGAAGAUGAAGAAGACGAUGAGGAAGAGGAGGAGGAAAGCCCAGACGAGGAGGAGGAGGAGGAAGAAGACGAUGAGGAAGAUGAGAUUGACAGUCGAAAGUCAAGGCCAAAGAGGGUCUGUAGGGGUGCCAGCAGCACGGCAGCACCCAGCCAGCCGCGGAGGAAAAGCCUCCGAACUUCUCUGAGCACAGCCUCACCUGGGAUGACCACCAGGGGGCGGAGGAAGCGCAUGGAGCCUCCAAAGAGCAAGCGCAGGUCAGGAAGGUCUGCCCCGUCGUCCACCGGUGUCACGGCGUCAGGAGGGAGAGCAGAGGCGGAGGAGAAGGAGCUGCUGGCAUGUGAAAAGUGCCCCCGAGUGUUUAACACGCGCUGGUACCUGGAGAAGCACAUGAACGUCACACACAGGCGGAUGCAGAUCUGCGACAAGUGUGGGAAGAAGUUCGUCCUGGAGAGUGAGCUGGCCUUGCACCAGCAGACCGACUGUGAGAAGAACAUCCAGUGCGUCUCCUGCAACAAGUCUUUUAAGAAGCUGUGGUCUCUGCACGAGCACAUUAAGAUCGUGCACGGCUAUGCAGAGAAGAAGUUCUCGUGUGAGAUCUGUGAGAAGAAGUUCUACACUAUGGCUCACGUCCGUAAGCACAUGGUCGCUCACACAAAGGACAUGCCGUUCACCUGUGAGACGUGUGGGAAGUCAUUUAAACGCAGCAUGUCUCUUAAAGUUCACUCACUCCAGCAUUCUGGAGAGAAACCCUUCCGUUGUGAGAACUGUGACGAGCGCUUCCAAUACAAGUACCAGCUGCGCUCCCACAUGAGCAUUCACAUCGGGCACAAGCAGUUCAUGUGCCAGUGGUGUGGCAAAGACUUCAACAUGAAACAGUAUUUCGAUGAGCACAUGAAAACACACACAGGCGAGAAGCCUUUCAUCUGUGAGAUAUGUGGGAAGAGCUUCACCAGCCGGCCCAACAUGAAGCGCCACCGCCGGACACACACGGGGGAGAAGCCGUACCCCUGUGAAGUGUGUGGCCAGCGCUUCCGCUUCUCCAACAUGCUCAAAGCACACAAAGAGAAGUGUUUCCGGGUCACCAGCCCUGUCGUUCUGCAGACCAGCGGCCCUCCCGUGCCUGUCCGCAUUUUUGCCAACACCUUCUCCUCCUCUUCCUCAGCCUCUGGUCCUGGCCCCUCAGUGGCCAGCCCCGCCACCACCUCAGCAUCGCUGGGCCUCAGCCCUGCAGGAGCACCCAUACCCCCUCGAGGUCCUGUGGGACACACAUUCUCCCAUGUUCAGCUCCACUCAACCCCCUCUCACCACCUUCCCCAUCCCCAGACACCCCAGCAGCAUCUCCCAAACACACCCCAACACGCCCCUCCUCACUCCCACCACCACCUAGCUGUGCCCCCAGUCUCCCACCUGCCCCCACCCCCGGCACUUUUUAAGAGCGAGCCCUUAAACCACUGCGGGCACGAAGACAGCAGCUACUUGCACCACAUGGCCCCCCCUGAUAAAGGCCCCGGGGCCCCACAGCACCACUGAACUGUGCUCCGGCUCUGCAGGCCCACAUCAAACCUCGCCUUGAUUCUCCUCUUCUCCUCAUCCUGCCUCAGUCUCUCAGAUGGUUGGGUGCUCCUUCAAGCAGAUUUCAUUAAGUCAAGAUAAACAUGCACACCUGUGUGUGGGAGACAGACUGACACACCCUCAGUGCGCACAUUAUUUAAGUAACACCUACUCAAACACCCUGUUCAACUGACAAAGAUAUCACACCCUCUAGAUUCUUUUUGGUGUACAUUUUCUUAGCGUACCGACACCAGGCGACCUCUGAGUGAGCUCUGUAUUGUACAUUAACUGGUGUAAAGUUUCUCAUUUUCAUCGAAAGCUGCUGAUGGAAGUUGACGUGUAUUACCCGGGCUUCAGGGGGUCAUCAGAGAUCAGUGUCACUGAACUUUCCUCGUCAUGUCAAGUUGACUCGUGGUUGAACACUGGUCUGGACUCUUGCUUUGUGUGUGUGAGUCCCCAUAGCAAUACUCAACCUGUCCUCCCAGAUGUACUGCAGAGCCUGGGCAACCCACACAAAAUGUUUAAUGAAUGUUGGGACUGGUUCUGCCAGCCCCUUCCUCGGUCUUGAGCCCAGGACUGAAGCUAUGUGUCAAAAGGUUAACAGCAGCAGGAUACAGUGAGAGGGGAGGGGGGUAUUUUUGUAAAGGAAACUUGGACAAAGGUUUUGUAAAUGUAGGCUGAAUCUAGAUUGUCUGGAUUCUUCUCAUGGUUAUCAACGGUGCUUUCCAUUCCAGUACAAAAAAAAAUCUUUCUUAAAUUAGCUUUUCGGUUUGAUUUUCAGAUGUGUUAUUGUACAAAUAACAAUGUAUUAAGUCAUUCAGAACAUGUCUUGCCAGCCUGGCUUUUCUACAAUGGCUUGGAGAUUUGACCAGAUGUUUUAUGAUGAAGAGACUCAAGUUAUGCAGGACAUGCCAUAGACUCACACACACACACACACACACACACACACACACACACACACACACACACACACACACACACACACACACACACACACACACACACACACAAUCACACAAUCACACAAUCACACACAAUCACACUUGCUCAAGCACACACACGAAAGACAAAGACCACACGGGCACUGAUUUACUUGCCAUGAUCAGUGGUUCAACCUCAGCUCUCAGUACUGUUGGUCAACAGAUGCUUCUAGAUAACAGAUGACUGUCAAAUACUGCCACUGUGAGGGGUCAGACUCAUGGCCCCAUCAGGACUAACCCCGCCUCCUUGUCGCUGCUGUCCAAACGAUACGGGUUACCAUGUUAAAGGUCAUUAGACACACUCAGUACACACACCGGGACCUUUUUCAUCACAGAUCUUAAAAGGCAAAUAUGCAUAUUCCUCUCAGCCUGUAUUCCACAGUUUGGUUUCGGGGGGGUCGUUGUGGUGUAAGGUUGUUUUUUUUUGUUGAUAUCAUACUGACAUACUUUGAUCCACACAGGCAAACACGUGUCUAAACCUGUCGAAUGUUGCCUACGCAGACAUGAUGGCUGAUGAGUCAUUCACAUGUUUUUAUUUUUUCAUGUUCUGAUAUUUUGCUCAGUUUUAAGCUAAUGAAUGGUUCUGCAGUGUAGAUAUACUGUUGUUAGCACAUGAUAGGAAAUGUCAGGAUAAAAGGCAGUGAGACAACUUCUAAUACUUUGAAUUCUUGUAUAGAUAAGCAAAUAUGUGAUCAAAUCAGCGCGAGAAAUUACAUUAUUAAUGUAAGAGCCGAUGGUGUGAAUGUUUUUCGUUUUAAAGAAGCAGAAACUGUUGAAAUGAAUUUGGUUUGCCUGGUUGUCGGCCCAUCACUCAUUCUGAUGGCUAUCAGAUGUGUGUAUAGGAGUAGCAUUGAGCUCUGUGAGUGUGUGUGUGAGAGCGAGAGGAAGAGUGUGUGUGCAUGCAUCAGUCUCUACCAGUCUAUCUGUCUGGUUGUCCCCAGUGCUCUUGUACCAAAAGCUGCUUUUACACAGUGUGCCCCAUAUUCUAUAGGCGUGUUUGUGGUUAUCCGAGAUGGACAAUAGCAGUACAUUAAACACAAUCCUUCUCUUACCGCUCAAACAGAAUCCAGUCUGAAGUGGUUCAGCUCAGUAGUUUAGGGUGCCACCUUCUUUAUUCAAGACCUGCAAUUAUCCUGCCAUUUCUGCGGGUCUUCACACCGCUGCAUUAUCUGCUUCACCCUGUCCCCUCGGGUUCACUGCUGUGCUUCAGCAUCUUGCAGUACAGAUCUUUUGUCUUGUUUUUUUUUUUUUUUUUUUUUGAAAGCCUUUUUCAUUUGUGUGUUUUCUCUGCACUUUACUGCUGCGUAGGAGAGGCGCAGGGAAAGGAGGGACUGACAAUGCAUUGUGGAACAGAGUGCAGUCACGGCUGCAUGGGGGAAAGGUGGAGGUGGAGGCGAUUACUUUGAGUGGAUGUUUUUAGGCAAGGAAAGGAGGAGAAUCCCCGGAGGGGGGCGGGUAGUGUGGAGGGGACCAGAGCAGAUGUAAGACAUUUCAGUUUGACACAUUUGCUCUAAUAUGGACCUCCCCGAAAACGUGACGGUAACCUUGGUUUGCUUUGGUGACUUCACACUGACCCACUACAGCCGUCUGAAAUACAUUCUUCUGUUAUCUUCAUUCAUAAAGUUCCCUCGUUCAUGUCCUGUUUGGUCUCUCAGUUCGCCGAACGAUUCUCCUCCUCCUUUCUUUGUUAUAUAGAAUGCACUUUCUACUAAAAUUCUUGGCUAGUUAAGAAAAAUAACAUUGUAUGUUCUUUAAAGAUGUUUUAAAAUCAAUAUACUUUUUCCCCUUUGUAUUUUUAACCACUUAAUGUAGCAUUGCUUAUUUUAUUAUUGUAUCUGGUACAAAAAUGUGCAGCUUUAUAAUGUCCUGGUUUGUCCUGUUUUUGUAUGUUAUCUGGAGAUUGGGGAGAAGUGAAAAAGUUGGGCCUUUUUUAAUAAUGUACAUUUAACUGACUGCUAACUUUGAAAGUAAAAACAAGUAGCCAUGAUUAUCA